AUGGUCAAUGCUUUUUCUAUAAUGGAAAAGUCCUUCAAUCAAGAAGUCCUUCAAUCAAGAAGACUUGAACCUAUGAACCAAUUAAUUGAGACUCUGGGUUAUAACUUAUGGAAAAAAUUAAAUGAGUUAUUUGAGUCUAAAAAUUCCUUGAAUAAGGCAUUCCUGAUUAGGAAACUUGUAAAUUUGAAAUACAAGGAUGGUUCCUCUGUGCGUGCUGUGUUUGUGAGAUACAAAUUGCAAUCUUUCUCACCGCCCAAUAAUGCUUCACAUGACCACACGCCUUUACACGAAUGA